AUGCGUCUAGACCCAUUUUCAGAGAUAGAGCUAGCUGGGAAGUCGCACACGGCAAACGAGCAGAAAGAGCACAUCCUUGCUGUCAAAGAAUCUCUCGGGUAUUUUCUAAAACAGGAAAAGCCGAUAGCCAACCUGCACGACAUGUACGAGAAGGUUGAAAAGAUUGAGAAAGCGCUGGAGAAAAGCAAAGAUCCUGUCCAGCUUUCCCCUGACCUGAUAGAGCAAAUCAAAGCUCUGUCUGAGCAGCCAAUAGUAAAAAGAUCGGUUGAAAAAAGGCCGCCUGUGCAGAAGAACUGCUGGACGCUUUUUGACUACACAAACUGA